AAAUCCCAAAUCCCAGCCGUGAUGAUACAUUCCUACCCCGUACGGUACCCCGCCCCUUCCAUCCCGACUCCUCUUCCUCUUGGCACCCCGAGCUCCACGGGACGGCGCCGAGACCACGAGGCCUCCUCCCCGCUCACCGCCGGUGACCCCUCCUCUCCAUUUCUUCACCUUGCCUAGCCAUCCUCUGUCCUACUCCUUCUCUAGCCCUAAUCCCCACCGAACGGAUCCAGACCCGCCUGAUUCUCCACCAAGCCCACGGGGAGCGGCCAGACCCUCGCGUGCGCCGCCGUAGGUUACCCCCGCUGUGGCUGGGCCGUGCACCGUGACGCUCCCGCCGCCGCCGCCGUCGCCGUCUCUCUGACUUCCACGCCUCAGCACUCACGGAAGGAAGCGGAGCAACCGUUGGCACGGCGUAGCAUCCACGCAGCCGCGGUGGCGUAGCAUCGACGCACGGCCUAUAAAACUCGCUCGAAUCGCGAACCCGCCCGACCCUCUCCCUCUCCUCCACCCCCGCCUUCUCCCAGGCUCCAGAAUCCUGUUUUGCCGCCUAGCCGCCGGACUCCCGAGGCUCGGAAGAUGGCCGGCGAGAGCACCACCACGCGCCCGCUCUUCGGCGGCGCCGUCUCCACCGCCUUCCCCGUCCGGUUCCAGGAUGUGAGCAACAUUCGCGAGGUCCCCGACCACCAGGAAGUUCUCGUCGACCCCGCCCGUGACGAGAGCCUCAUCUUCGAGCUGCUCGACCUCAAGGGCGAGGUUGAGGACGGCGGCAGCGCGCUCUGGUUCCUGCGCGACGUCGCCAACGAGCAAGAUGCGGGGGAUAACUUGGUGGUCGAGCAUUCUGGGACAAUCGAGCUAGCUGGUCUGCGAUCUGGGGAAGCACCUGCAGUGUCAGGAACUGCAAUUGGCAAGCUGGCUGUUUCAAAAGGGAGGCAAGGCAGAGAAGCACAGAACAUUGUUCGACUUUACUUGGCAAACAUACGUCUCAAGAAUGCAGCAACUGAUGUAGUUAUCACCGCAUAUGAGCCGCUCUUGAUAAAUCCUUUGAGUGAAAGUGCCCAGGCAGUUGCAGCUGGACCAGCCAUACCGGCAGAACAAGCAGGAUGCAUGCCAAUGUCCGAGGUCUUCAGGCUUGCAGUGAUGAACUUUGAUGUCCAUGAUUGGAACCUUUUCAAUGGCAGCGGCUGAAGCAGAGAGGGUAACAUCUCAGUGCUAGAGUGAUUCUAGAAAAAAUGUUCUGCAAGGGAGUGUUUGGGGAAUGUAUUUUCCUUAAGCAAAAACUAGUGCUGUCUCUGAAUUUUCCUUUAGAGUAGCGAUUUUUUUUCCCCCUGAAAAUACUAUCACUUGGCGUAUGUAGUGUCAUCCAAAGAACUCUGGUUGAAGUUCAAUAUAUCAUGUUAGCUUCUAGAAUUUA